GCUAUGUCAUCAUAGUCUAUCAGAAAAUACGAGAGGAACCCAGUGAAAAAAGAAUUCAUUGUCCUGCACAUCCACAGCUGAUUACAGAGGCUCCGAAUAAAAACAGCAGUUCUCUGAAGAAUGGCUCUGAGUGACCUUCUCUACCCAGACAACCCAAAGAGACGGCAAGAAGUGAUCCGCCUGCACCAAGAGCUGCUUGACUGCAUGUCAGUUAACUUCCUUGCCACCAAUGAACUGAUUGGUGUGCUGAAUGCUCAUUUGGGGUGUUCGAUUGGCCACAUCCAGAUGAGAAAGACUGGCACCAUUAAGGAAAACUGUGACAUUAUCAUCCAAGCCAUGGGUGAGAUUCAACAGGAAGUCAGGAAGAUUGACAAAGAAAUGAAGGAAAAACUGGAGCCAAUGCUGUACCAAAAACUUUGUGAUAUCAAAGAGCCAGAGGUGGGGAAAAUACCAAUAGCACACAAAGUUUUUUCAAUUAUUCUUGGGGAAGCUACUUCCACUGCUGGUCUGUUAGCUGUGAAACUAAUUGGCUCAAAUGUUAUAACCAAUACCGUUAGCAAACUGGUCACUCUGCUUGCCCAGAUUGGUGCUUCUGUUCUUGGAGGUAUUGGAAUUGCUAUUCUUGGGCUAGGCAUUGAUGUGGUCCUCCAGGCCAUCCUAGGAGCAGUUGAGAGGGAUCAGCUGCUGGCCUCUGUUAAAAGUUAUGAGGACCACCUGGCUGAAUUUAAGACAGCCUCAGAAAAAUAUUCGUGUGCCAUAAAUGAAGCAACUUCAGUAGUGAAACAUAAAAUUCAGUGAGUGGCUUUUUAAGUUGUCUCUAGCUGUCACAAUGACAGAACUUACUAGAUGUAAGAAUUAAAUCAGUUCAUGUAUACUUUGAUCCUUCAUGGCUGAGCAAACUUUUUUCUUUAACUCCAGGCAUUUUUGCAGUGGCACCAGGGCUAGCUUAAAGAAUUGAAACUGAGCUCUUUCCAUAACUGAUUCAAGCCCACUUCAGAAAAGUAGUAUAUGAAAGUACCUGCUUCUGGUGUUUGCUGAGAUUAUGGGAAAUAAAAUGCUCAUUCUUAAUCUAGUAAACUAGUGGUCAAGUGGCUGCAGAAAAUAAAAUCAUCAUCAAGCCUAUCUCUAAUUCCCAGGUUCUGGAGAGAUGCCAGUAGCUGAAUAAAGGUCAGAUCUAUACUAGAAACUUUUGUUGAUAUAAUAAUGGUCAAGUGUGUGAUUUUUAUAAUGUUUAUUUAUUUAUUGGCAAAAGCCUGAGUAGAGAUGCAAAUACACUGACAAAGAAGGUGGGCUUUUUUUUUUGCCAGAAUAUCCACAUUUGGAGGGUUACUGAUAUUGCAACUUUUUUCUGGUGCAUACUAGACAUAAUCUUGAUAUACAGGAUUCCCUUUCUCAAGAUCAUCUGUCAAUGUUUUGAAUCUGUAUCUGUGAAGCCACCCAGUGCCCUACUUAAAAUGAACUCUAAUCCUGACAGAGUUGUGGUUUGAAAAAUAUGUGCGCACACAAUUUAAACCCUACAGUUAAGAGAUUAAAAGAAGGUUCCAGCAUUCCAGACGCUAUGGGCCCAAUCAUGAAAACACACGUGCAAUUAAUAUUGUGCAUACAUGCAGUUCUUCUGGGUUAAAUGGAUCUACAUCCAGGCAAAAGUGUUUGCAGGACGACUGGCCUACAAGGACAUGCUAUUUUCUUUUCUUUAAAGUGAUUAAUGGAUGAGUGAUAUGGGACUGUAGUGGGUUUGUUCAAUAUAUCCACAGCCUGUCCUGUAAAACAUCGCAACACAAAUACUACAAAUCUAAAUGUGCCUAGUUUGGAAACAAAAGGUUAGAGCAAAGAGUUUGAUUUGUAUGCCCCUUCUCUGAGACGCACUGAACUUUGGGGGUUUUUUGGCUGUUAUUUAAAUAAAAAUUGUAAUUUUAAAAAUAUAUUAAACCUGUACCAUAUUAAUUUUGA